GUCAAUCAAUAUGUCACGUGUUACGUCACUUGUCACCUUUGCUCAUUGAUCUCUCUGAAUUAGAUUUUCAAUUUUGGAAAAUCCAAAUUGGAAAAUCAAAAGAUUUAAUAAAUUAAACAAAUUUUAACAAAUUUUGUCGUCAACUAAGAAUAUUUCCCACAAGUCCGUCAUGGCCGCAAUGAGAUCAAUGUCCCGUCUUCUGACUAGCAGGGCUUUGAACAGCACAAUCAGAAGAGGUUAUGCUGACGAAAUGAGUUUCACAUUUGCCUCUGGCAACCAAGUAUUUUAUGAUGGCAAAAGUGUAAGGCAAGUAGAUGUUCCAUCAUUCUCUGGCAGUUUCGGUAUUCUUCCCAAACAUGUACCCACCUUGGCCGUCCUAAAACCAGGAGUAGUAUCUGUGUAUGAAACAGAGGGAAAUGUAAAGAAAAUCUUUGUGUCUAGUGGCACUGUUACAAUAAAUGAUGAUUCUUCUGUACAGAUUUUGGCUGAGGAAGCUCACCCAGUAGAAAAUAUUGAUGGCUCAGCUGCUAGAGAGCUUUUGAGCAAAGCCCAAAGUCAACUCUCAUCAGCCGCUAAUGACCAGGCUAAGGCAGAAGCAGAAAUUGCCAUUGAAGUAUCAGAGGCUUUAGUCAAGGCCGCUGAGUAAUUCUAAGAUAUACCUGUGCUAUGUUUCAAUAGUAAUUAAUUUUGUUUAUACAUACAUUCUUUUAAUAAUUGUUUUAAGUAAUAAAAUUUCUGUUUAAUUUGC